GCGGCAGCAGGAGGACACGGGCGAGGAAGAAGAGGCCUAGCAGUUGGUGCUGGUGGAAUUGUCGGGAAUUAUGGAUUCAGACUUUCUCUCCAAGUGUGAAAAUAAAUGCAAGAUUUUGGGAAUUGAUACGGAGAGGCCCAUUCUGCAAGUGGACCGCUAUGUCUUUGCUGGGGAGUAUGAAGACACUCUUGGGACCUGUGUUAUAUUUGAAGAAAAUGUCGAAAACGUGGACGCAGAUGGCAGUAACAGAACAGUGCUGAAAUACAAAUGCCACACCAUGAAGAAGCUCAGCAUGACAAGAACUCUGCUGACCGAAAAGAAGGAAGGAGAAGAAAACAUAGGUGGAGUGGAAUGGCUGCAAAUCAAGGAAAAUGAUUUCUCCUAUAGACCCAACAUGAUCUGUAGCUUUCUGCAUGAGAAUGAAGAUGAGGAAGUCGCAGCUCCAGCCCCAGAGAAACCUCUGGAGUUGGAAGAGCAAGAGAUCCAAAUGAAAGACAGUUCAAACCUGGGUUAUGAACAGGAGAAACCACAGCACUUGGAGAUAGGGAAUUCUGGUCCUCCUGCUGACACCUCUUCUGAGAAAGAAAUUCUGUUUCCUUGGGAACUCAAGAGGCUGCCUUAGAAACCACCCCUAGGU